ACAAUAUCAUAAUCGCAAAGAUGAUACAUUGCUUGCGAUCUACCUUUGUUACCCGAUACCUUUCUUUGCAAGUAUAUGGAACAUGUUUCUAUCGCUCGACAACGAAAUUAGCGGACACAUUAGCAGCUAACGAGGAAAGAAAAUGCGUAUCACUUAACUCCAAUGACAUAAUAACUGCCACAGUAACACAAUCACAUGCAAUUCCGGCAAUAACUGCACCUGUGACGUCAUCAAAAGCGAUGCCAUUAUUGGAGACAGUGAAUCCCGAGAUAGUUACGGAAGACAUUGAAAUUUCUGCAUCAAAGAUUGAACCAUUUGGUCAUGUAGAUAAAACCUCGUUGCCGUUCGAGGAGAUUCCUGGUCCGAUGAUACUUAAAUUAUGGGAAAAGUAUUGGAGAUACGUGCCACUUUUGGGUACGCAACUGUUUUGCAGUCUGCUAAUCAGCAGAUUUAUCCAGGGACGAUUAUCUUGGAAUCGCAAUGUCACGCCGAUUAAGUAUUUAUUCGAUGAGUAUGGAUGCAUCGUGCGAAUUAAUGGUCCCCUUGUAAAUGACAUAGUUAUGAUUCACAGGUCUGAGCAUAUAGCGGAAGUAUUCAAGCAAGAGAGUGAGUCGCCUGUUCGUAGUGGCAUCGACAUUCUUCAACAUUACCGGCUUAAUCAUCGCAAGUGUCGUUCCGCUGGACCGUUCUCCCUGCAAGGUUUAGAAUGGUUAGAACUGAAAGAGAAAGUUGAUCAACCAUUACAUGAAACAACUUCGAAUUAUGUCGGAAAACUGAAUUUAGUGUGUGACGAAUUAGUUAACAAAAUUCGUAGAAUACGCAAUCGACAAAGCGAGGUACCAACAAAUUUUCAUCAGGAUUUUACCGCAUGGGGUUUGGAAUGUUUCUAUGUAAUGAUGUUCAAUAGGCAUCUUGGUUUCCUCGAUUCUUCGAAAUCAACAUCCGAGGCCACAAAAAUUAUGGAUGCGUUAAGUACAGCUCAUACGUAUAUGAGUCGAUGCGAAACUGGAUUUCAAGUUUGGAGAUUUUUCGAAACUCCAUUCGCCAAAAAACUUUUUACAGCUUGCGACAUCCUUGACGAGAUUAUUGAAAAAUAUAUUCGCCAAAUGCAGAGCAAACUGCAGAUUUCUUCGCUAUCAAAACAAGAAAAAUCUAUGAAUGAAGAAAAAACAUUAUCAUUGCUCGAAAAAAUGAUGAUUCGGGGUAUCAAUUCGGAAGAUAUUGCUAUCCUUUUGAUGGACAUGAUUAUUCUAGGCGUCCAGGCUGUUAUUAAUUGUGAGGCGUUUCUGCUUUAUUUCUUAGCAAGAAAUCCUAGAAUACAGAAACGUUUAUAUAACGAAAUUAUCUCUAUUAUACCUAAAACAGACAAAGCUAUAACAAAAAAAACCUUGGAAAAUAUGCCAUAUUUAAAAGCAUGCAUAAAGGAAAGCCUUAGGUUGCGACCAGCAUUUCCCUAUUUGACGAGAUUAUUAUCAUCGACAAUUUCGCUACAUGGAUACACGAUACCGAAGGGAACCUUCAUUAUAAUGGCGAAUCAAAUAACAUCGCAACGCGAGGAGUAUUUUGAGGAUCCUGGCAAGUAUCAGCCAGAAAGAUGGCUAAAACAGAAUGAAAAUGCGAGUAAUUUUUAUCAAGAGUAUGCAUGUCUACCUUUCGGACAUGGUAUACGAUCCUGUCUAGGAAAAGAUUUAGCUGAAAUGCAAAUGAUGUUACUCACUGCAAAGUUGGUACGAGAAUUUACAAUUGAAUACGAUUAUGCUGAUAUUCAAAGUCAAUUUCUUAUGGUUAAUGUGCCAAACAAAUCAUUACGUUUUCGAUUCUUAGAUAGGAACUAAAGAAUAAUAAA